AUGCUGUGCCGCCGCGCUGUCGUGCUAGCGAGGUUCCAGCCGUACUCCAUGGCGGUGCAAACUCGGUUUAAAUGGCGGCACAAGGAAACGGACCGGUGGCGGCGACUGAUGGACGCGACGUGCUUCCAAGUCGAUUGGCUCGGUCAGACGGGCGGGCCGAACUUCACACAGUACAGCGGGCACUGGACGCACAUCAUCACAUGUGCGCACGUGAUCACGCCAUGGGACUACCCCAAUUACUACCCAUCGCAGGGGCCAACCCGCUUCGUCUCGCACAUCACGCUGGCGGACACCAUGACGCAGAUUCGCCUUGUUUCGAUGCAGGGCAACGCGGUGUACAAACAUUUCACGUCGAACCAACACGUCUUUGUACACUCGAACCCGAGGCUGGACUUGUGCGUCGUGCAUCCGGAGCAGAACCUAAAGCGCAGUGGCGAGAUGAAGAUGAUGUGGAUGCAGAAUGAAGGAUACAUUAUACGUCCACGACUGGAGAUCAACGACAAGCUGAAGGUCGGUGAUCACGUCUGGUUAUACGGCAUGUCGGCACAUGAGUCUCUAUUUGACGAGGAGAAGGGACCGGAGCCUCUCAUGAUCCCGACCGGCGUCCGUGCUCGCGUGCACGCCGUCACGCGCGAACACUUCUUCCUGGACACAACAGGGCUCGAGGACAGCCCAGAUCGAGGCCGCAUUCAGAUGGGCAUGUGUGGCUCCGUUGUUAUGCGCAACGGCAAGUGUGUCGGCAUGUUGACAGCGACAGUACACGAGGAGAGCGACUGUAAGGCGCUGGCGGGAACAGCCAUGUGCACCUACUCGUCCGACAUCUUCGAGUUCUUGCUGGAGGUGGAGAAGCAGAUGAAGAACCCCAUUGCGCGUCAGAAUCAAGAGGAGACCCGUUUCGAGCAGCGGCGCCGCGCCGAGGGGAGCGUGGUGAAGGAGCACAAACACUGGGAGCUGGACGAGAGCCGCACGGCCCGCCACAUCCCCGUCCCCGUUUCGCUGUGGCAUAUGGAGGAGAAGUGGGUGACUGAGGAGGAUUACAUGAACAGUGCCGUCUUUGGCCGUAGUGGCGCCUUUAACCAAGAAACACAGGAGAGCGCGCUGGGCUAUGACAUGAACACCGCCAAGACAAAUGGCGACCGUCCAGGCGAUAUCGGCUCCUUCGCGUCAAACACCAUGACCGGCAAGCCUGUGAUGCAAGGCGAGCGAAAGGACUACAGCCCGACCGGUGUAUACGCGAAUCCGGAGGAGUUCAAGAACAAGGAUGUGUGGGACUACAACAUCAGCUCCGAUAUGCGCUCUCUUUUUAACGAAACCGUCGACAGCAAGGAUGCCGAGAGCCUCAACAUGAUGCGGAAGUCGCUCGAGAACAUCCGUGCGCAGCGAGCGAUGGAGAAGAUGAAGGAGACUGUGAUGAACCGCACAAACUCGGACUUCGAUCCCAUGAAGGGCUACGGCCACUACGGCGGCAACGCCGACGCCGGGUCCGACAACUUCAACCCACAGUAUGCCUCCGCUGCUUCAUCUCACAAGGAUGGCGACGGUGCCUACAGCUACGCGCAAGCAGUCCAGCAGGCGGAGCGUGAGCAGCCAAGGGACCACCCAUCGCCUUCGUCGUCGCCGCCGCCGCCGCCGCCAAAUGAGUCUCUCAUAGACCGCAAGAAACGAGAGCGACGCGAGGCGGAGGCCAAGUAUCAGGAGGAGCUGCGCCGACGUCACGGGCAACGCGCUGUUCCCUUUGGCGACGAGGACCUCGGAGGCUUCUGGGAGCGGCACUGA